CCAUCUUCUCUUUAAAAAGCCAUCACAAACAUCGCAGCAAUAUGAGCAAAGAAAUAAAGAAGAAACAGUAUAGCAUAUGGGAUCCAAAGACCAAAAAAAUGCAUUGCUCAAUCAACAUUUGGAGCAACUUGGUUCAAUUACUAAUUCCCCUUCUGUGAAUAAGGCAUCAAUCAUCGUCCAUGCAUCUAAGUACAUAGAGGAAUUAAAGGAAAGGAUAGACAAGUUAAAUGAAGAUGUCUCAACCUCACAACCUUCUCAUAUUGAUGAUGAAAAUUCCUUACCAUUGGUUACAGUAGAAACCCUAGAAAAGGGAUUUCUAAUAAAUGUGUUGUCAGAAAAGAAUUGCCCUGGAUUGUUAGUCUCCAUUUUGGAAGCAUUUGAAGAGCUUGCCCUUGAAUUAUCGGAUGCUAGGGUUUCUUGUUCCGAUAGUUUUCGCCUUGAAGCUUUUAGUCAAGCCGAAGGACAGAUUGAUAGAGUAGAUGCCCAAAUGGUAAAACAAUCAGUCUUGGAAGCUAUAAGGAACUGGAGCCAAAGCAAUGAUUAAUUAAUCAGUUUUUGUUAUAGAUCGUCUCCUCCCUCUGUUCUUUAAACAUAUCCCUAGCUACCAACCAACCCAUAAAAAAAGGAAAAAGCAAAGAGGCAAAUAAACAAAAAGGAAAACUUUUUUUUGUAGCUCCUGCAUGUUAUAGUUAAGACAGGGGCAGAGCCAGAAUUUGAAAACAUGCUGAAUGGAGGAAUUUAGGCAAAAUCACGUUAGGGUUUCAAGCCAUGUGAAGAGAACUCUUUCUUCUCUGUAUGUAACGAAAAAUCAGAGAGCCAAAAUGUCUGAUGGAUCUUUCUAGAUCCUUUUGUACAUAUUUAUACAAUGAGCUCAAGAUACCAACUAACCUGUUAACUAAGAA